UCACGCAGUUGUUUACAUUAUCGUUCAUCGACACUUAUCGAUCCGUGAUAUUAUAUUCCAUGGAAUACUGUAUUAUUUACAAUUUAGAAAAAUUGUAAAAAUGACGGAAGAACAGAGUUCCCUGUUGCACAACACUGUUAUUUCAGAGAUACCUGACAGUGCGUGUUACAUACCGAAUUUUAUUACUGAGGAAGAAGAGAGGCAAAUUAUAAAAUGCGUAAAUAGUGUACCGCAACCAAAAUGGACGCAAUUAAGUCACCGUAGGUUGCAGAAUUGGGGUGGUAUACCGCAUCCUAAAGGAAUGAUAGCAGAAACGAUUCCUGAUUGGCUUGAGAAAUAUAUUGAUAAAGUGACAGCUUUGAGUGCCUUUGAGAAAGGAGUAUUGCCUAAUCAUGUUUUAAUUAACGAAUAUUUAUCUGGACAAGGAAUAAUGGCACACUCAGAUGGUCCACUUUUUUAUCCUGUUGUAACUACUAUCAGCUGUGGUUCUCAUACAGUUCUUGACUUUUACAAACGGCUCGAAAUGACAGAGCAACAACAACCCAAGUUAGAAUUUAGUUUGCUACUGGAACGCAGAAGUCUAUUAGUUCUACGGAAGGAUUUGUAUCAUAAUUAUUUACAUUCUAUAGCAGAAAAAGAUGCAGAUAGCAUAUUAGAAUCUUCAAUAAAAAAUUUACAUAUGUGUGCAAAAAAGUUUACAGAAGAAGAAAUAAUAAAACGUGAUACUAGAUUGUCUUUAACUAUUAGACACGUGCCGAAAACUAGUAAAUUGAAAUUAAAAAUUUUUUGA